UCCUCUCUCUCCACUGCCCUUUGGCUUUUCCCUAGAUAUAACUAUAAGCUCCACCACAAUAGUAUCUUCUUCCUUUCCCUUUUUCGCCCCCGUAACCUUCUCCAAUUCCUCCAAAUCCUCACACCCAGAUUCUAAAUCAUCAUCAUCAUCAUCAUCAUCGGCCAUCUUUAGUUUGUUUCCCCUUUACUUUAAACUGCGUAUCUUCAGUCCAAAACAAAAAAAACACUGCUUGUCCUGUGUAGCAUCAGGGUCAUUGCUUUAUUCGAUCCAGCUAUGAUGGAGCCGCCGUCGGAGGAUGCUGGGAUAGCAUUGGAAACGGCGGAGAAGAUUAUACUCCGUUGGGACUCCACGGCGUCCGAAGAGGCCCGCGAAAAAAUGAUCUUUGAAGGCGACCGUCAGGAGGUUGAUCGCUAUUUGCAGGCUGUAGAUGAAAUCCAACGCUCCAUGUCUUCUGCUUCCAUCUCCGAUACUGAGCAAGAUAAAGUCAACUCUGCUAUUCAGAUCGCCAUGGCUCGUCUCGAAGACGAAUUCCGUAACAUUCUGAUUUCUCACACCAACCCCCUCGAGACCGAUUCGUUGACCGAUCCAAGCUCUUCGGUUCACUCUGGGUCUUCGGUUACUGAAGGAGCUGAGCUAGGCGACGAUACUAAUGUUGAAGAAGAAGAUGAUGCUUCUUCGAUUAUUAAAGCUGAACAGCUUCUUCGCUACAACAGCGAUGCUUCCAGCGCCGCUAAUAGUAGCUAUCGAUCCACCAGUAGUAUUCGCGAGAUCGAUCUGAUACCUUCUGAUGCCAUUUACGACCUUCGAAGCAUCGCUGAGAGGAUGAUCUCUUCUGGAUAUCUGCGUGAGUGCAUCCAGGUUUAUGGUAGUGUGAGGAAAUCAGCAGUUGAUGCGAACUUCCGGAGACUCGGGAUUGAGAAGCUGAGCAUCGGUGAUAUUCAGAGGUUGGAGUGGGAACAGCUUGAGUCUAAGAUCCGACGGUGGAUAAGGGCAGCUAAGGUUUGUAUUAGGACAUUGUUUGCCAGCGAGAAGAAGCUCUGUGAGCAAAUCUUUGAUGGCUUAGGGACUGCUAUUGACGAUGCCUGCUUUAUGGAGACAGUUAAAGGUCCGGCAAUUCAGCUUUUCAAUUUCGCUGAAGCUAUCAGUAUAAGCAGGAGAUCCCCUGAGAAAUUGUUCAAGAUUUUAGACCUUCAUGAUUGCUUGAUGGAUUUGAUUCCUGAUAUUGAUAUCGUGUUUGAUUCGAAGUCUUCAGAGUCCAUUCGUAUUCAAGCUGCUGAGAUACUAUCUCGGUUGGCUGAGGCGGUAAGGGGUAUAUUAUCUGAGUUUGAGAAUGCUGUUCUUCGGGAACCGUCCAAGGUUCCUGUUCCUGGUGGGACAAUUCAUCCAUUGACAAGGUAUGUCAUGAACUAUAUAAGUUUGAUCUCUGAUUACAAGCAGACAUUGAGCUCGCUUAUAGUGUCUAAACCAUCGACGGGGUCAAGGUACUCUGGUGAUCCCUCAAUCCCAGAUAUGGAUUUUGCUGAAGUAGAGGGUAAAGUCCCAUUGGCUAUUCACUUGAUUUGGAUAAUUGUCAUCUUGCAAUUCAACUUGGACGGCAAGUCCAAGCAUUAUAAGGAUGCAUCUUUGUCUCACUUGUUUAUGAUGAACAACGUUCACUACAUUGUUCAGAAGAUAAAAGGGUCUCCUGAAUUGAGGGAGAUGAUUGGAGACCAUUAUUUGAAGAAGCUAACUGGGAAAUUUCGGCAGGAAGCUACUAGCUACCAGAGAGCGACUUGGGUAAGAGUAUUGCAUUGCUUGAGAGAUGAAGGAUUACAUGUGAGUGGUGGUUUUUCUUCUGGGGUCUCCAAAAGUGCUUUGAGAGAGAGGUUCAAGUCCUUCAACGCUAUGUUUGAGGAGGUUCAUAGAACCCAAGCUACCUGGUUGAUACCGGAUUCUCAACUCCGGGAAGAGCUUCGGAUAUCGAUAUCAGAGAAGCUAAUCCCAGCAUAUAGGUCAUUCCUUGGGCGAUUCAGGAGCCACAUAGAGAGUGGAAGGCAUCCAGAAAACUACAUUAAAUAUUCAGUUGAGGACCUGGAGACUGCUGUUUUGGAUUUUUUUGAAGGGGUCCCUCCUUCCCUGCACUCGAGGAGGAGAUCUCAGUGAUGGAUUGGCGUAUUCCAAGAUUCACCAUCCAUCAUUCCCAGGAACAGAAGAGGCUCAUAGUCUGUCCACGAAUUGGUAUAGCUUCAUUACAAAGCCAAGUUGCUCAGCCUGAAUGCUUCUGCCAUGUAAGCAUGUUAUUGAUUUAUUACCACAUUCUAGAUUUUGUUUUAUUUGUUCGUAAUGUGAUUUUGUUGGAUGUGUGUUAUUGUUCUCUGAAAUAUAAUGUUUAAAAAAAAAAAACCAGCUUCCUUUGCAGCUUCAGAUGGCUUUUGUACAAUGUGACAGUUUUGGCAGUAAUAAGAUGCAUAUUGAAAAUGAAA